ACUCUCUUUCCCUUCUCAGACUAUGCAGGCUGUCAAUAAGAAGAUGGACCCUCAGAAGAUGCAACAGACCAUGCAGAACUUCCAGAAGGAGAACAUGAAGAUGGAGAUGUCAGAGGAGCUGAUUAACGACACGCUGGAUGAGAUCUUUGACGAGUCUGGAGACGAAGAGGAGUCUGAUAGCAUCGUUAACCAGGUUCUGGACGAGAUCGGCAUCGAGAUAUCAGGAAAGAUGGUGAAUGCUCCUUCAACCAGCAGAAACAACCCCACCUCUUCUACCUCCAAAUCAGACGGCAUCUCAGACGAAGACAUCGAGCGACAGCUCAAAGCCUUGGGAGUGGACUAACUAACACACACACACACCCUGUGCCUGGACACACACACACACACCCUGUGCCUGGACACACACACACGACUCCCCCUGCUCAGUCUCUGACAAGCCUUUUCUGGGAUAUAGUGACACUAUUUUAUAUAUAUAUAGUCUAUAUGACUAUAGAUGCCACUGCAUGUAGUUGUAGUUGUCCUGUUGUGUAUUGGGUCUCUGCAGUGGCCACACGACGAGAGAGAGUUUGAAUAACAGGGCCACUUUCAGUAGCCUAACGUUGUAGAACGUUGCAGAUAACAUGAAACGUCACGGACAGAGCCUCGUUCUACACGUCAGAGAGGCAUGUAGUUGUUCUGUACAGCGUAUUCCUAUCUGAACGUUGCGAAACGUUAUCGUCCUACUGAACGCACCCCCCCCCCAGGUUUUCCACCUGUGUGGAGUUUAGAACAGGAAGUGAAGGAGAAUGCUGCUAUAGUUCCAGGUCAGUGCUCCUAAAGGUCACGGGGAUUUAUCAAGAUUAAAGUUAAUAACAGCCUAUCAAUUAUAAAAAUAUCAUUUUUAAAAUUUCUUUUUUAAGAAACGGGAAGUUGAAUUGCAUGUAUAACUGCUGAUUAUACUCGUUGACAAAGUCAUAUCUUUUCAUUUUGAAUACAUGAACAGUAGAAUCUGAAACUACCUUUCACCCCCCUGAAAACCAACUUUAGGAUUAGUCCAUUUUUUGCAUAUUUAUGUUUUUCUGCUCUCCUCUCGUUUUGAGAAAGUGUAAAUAAAUAAAUCAAAUCAAGUUUA